UUUGAUGACAGUUGCAAACAUUUUUCUGUAUUGACUUGCAAUAUUUCAGGUCUUCUUAGACUGAUUUGUUCUGGUUUAUAUCUAAGAUUACAGAAUUCCCGUUUGCCAAUAAGCAAUCCAUCUGAUCUCAAGCUCUCUCCAUAUGGCACCGCCAUCCCCAAAAGAAUUCAUAGAAACAGCUCUUUUGGCUACCAACCCUUAUGCUCUAUCGUACUCGGACUCUAAACAGAAGUGGCUUAUACUACGACAUCUCCUUUCGUUGCUUCAAGAGUACCCUACUUUCGGGCCCUCAACUGGUAGAUUCCUGCACAAUGAUGGAAACGAAGUGAACCUUCUAUUUGCCAGUGGCCAUGUCCAAGUCUCCAACUCCACACCUUCCGUUCCUCUCACCAUUUGGCUCCACGAAAACUACCCUCAAAAGGCACCUUUAGUCUUCGUUUCAGUUGACCCCAUGACCCCGAUUCAUCGCCAUCAUCCUUUCGUUGACACUUCUGGAGCCACAUCACCGCCUUAUAUCUUAACCUGGAAAUAUCCUCCAUGCAACCUUUCUGGCCUUCUGCACAAUCUUGUCCGGCUCUUUAGCCGUGAUCAUCCUUUCUCAUAUUCCCCGCCGACGACUAGUUUCACUCACCCUUCUCUUGUUUCUAGAAAGGAAGCUUUUGAUAGACUUGUAGGCAUGCUUUACUAUGACAUGGUUGCCUUGCAGGCCAGCACAGUUGAAGAAAUAGAGGAGCUAUCCUUGUUGCAAGAAAAUCUGAUGAAGCGUGACCGUUUCACCACAAGCAUGAUUUUGGAGAUGGAGCAGGAAUGCAAGAAACUGAAAGAGAGAUCGAACAAUUGGGCAGAAGAAGCUGAUAGGUUGGUGAACUGGUUGAAAGUUAAUGAUCGAAGACCACUAAUGGCCCUGGAUGCUGGAGAUGUUGAAAUUGAGGAUGCAUUUGAAAUUGAUGAGAACUCAAGAAUGAAACUUGAUUGCUCGGCCGCAGAUUUUGCCAUAGAGGAUGUGCUCUAUAAAUUGGACAAGGCACUUGAACUCGAGGCUGUGAGUUUCGAUUCAUAUAUUAAGCAAGUGAGGAGCUUGGCCAGAGAGCAGUUCUUCCUUAGAGCUUCAGAAAUGAAAUUAAAUGGCCUGGACAUACCCCAUUAGCCAAAUUGACUCGAAUAUAUUUUUCUCAAUGUACAGUUAUCAAUAAUUCAACUUUUUUUUUGGUUGGCUUUUUCCUAUGUAUCGUGUCUCAUACAAUAUCACCACUAAUAUCAUCAUUCACCUGGAUAAAUUCAGUGCACCCGAAUCCAGCAAGUUUUAUCAGGAUACACCGAGAUGAAAUUAGAAUGGCAUAUA